GUUUUCGACAAGUUUUCGAUAAGCUUGCAACCAUAGCAGCGUCUCCCUGACCUGAUUGUAUGUCUGAUAGCGUGGUGAGGCCAAUUGAGCCUGUAAGCGGUGACUCCGAGUACGUUGAAAGGCUUCCGUUGAAACGCCGGAGGAAGAGAUCGAGCUGUGAUUCAUGUCGGAAGCUGAAGACGAGAUGCGACUUUGAGCCAGCUACUGGCAAGUGCCAUCGGUGUAACAUGCUGAAGAUCGACUGCUCACUGUAUCAGCAGAGUGAUGCUAAGCCCGCGGGUGCUAAGGCGGGUGCUAGUGAGUCUGCAAUAGAGAGCGUGUAUGAUAACGAUGAUGAACGGUUGGAUAAGAUUGAGAGACAGCUUGGUGAGGUUCUGGAGAAGCUGGACACAAUAAGGACGAGUGGACUCACUCAGUCGUCCUCAUCAGGAGGUGGACAGCCGUCAAACGUGGACUACCAGUAUAUCAGCACGCUGGGCAAGAGGAAAUGGAACCAUCUGGACAACUCCACGAUGAAUGCUCCGUCCAAUGUCAUCUCAAGGAUCGAUUCCAAGUUGUUUGGCCGUGUUGAUCAGUAUCACUCGUUCACCAAGGUGUGUGAGUCUGAGUUCCUGAAGUCAUUCUAUGCUAAGAACAAAGAUCUGUGCCUCAAGCUUGGAUCCAAUUUCCUGACAAUAGCCCACUUCUGGAUAGUUCCAGGUGGCAUCAGAGAGAUUACCGAUGAUUAUGUUCUGAGGCACCCUUUCAUCUCAGCAGUCUUUGUCCUUUUAGCCAUGGGGUUCGAUGAGAACUACUCGUACGUGGAGGAGCAGCGUGAGCUGUUCUGGAUAGUGAGAAGGCUGCUAGCGAUGGCGUUGAUCACUUCUCCUUUGACGGACCACGACGUUGAGGCUAUUCUGUACUGCUCUCUGUAUAACAUCGCCAGGAAACCGUCACAGCCCCUGCUGGACAACUGGAUGGUCUCCAGUGAUGGAAUCAAGCAGAUGAUGUACUGUACCAGCUUCCAAAAGAUUGAAGAUCGAUGCAAAUCAAGAGAGUACAAGCAGAGUGAUCUAUUUCAUUUGAGAAUAUGGACUUUACUCUGUAUAUGUCAUUUACAAUGCUCCAUAGGGAAUGGCAGACCGAGUCUCAUCUCAAAGGACUAUAUGGACAUCUGUGAUAGAGUCAUAGAUUAUCCAUGGAGUAACUUGGAGGAUAACGUCAACGCUGCACUGGUCAGAUUGGCAAGAGAAGUCCAUAAGAUGUUUUAUUCCAAAGAUCUGAUAAGCAAUCUGAUCAGAGAUGAACAGAUUGCCAACAUUGAAGGAGUGAAAUGCUUCAGCUUCAAGGAACUUCACGAUUGGAGAAAUCGGUGGAAGGAAUUAAUCGAUAACGAUCUCUCAGGGACUCUACUCUUCAAUUAUGAUUUCUAUCACAUCAUUCUAUCCAGAAGGUUCAUUGCAUCCUUCAAGGGCGUAAGGGACUAUAAAGUCAUCACGUACAUCAACGUGGCAUACAACACAGCUGUCCAUUACUCAAGGGCAAUACUCAACAGGUUUUUACAGCUGCCCAAGUCUAUGGUUAAAGGAUCACCUUGCUCGCUUCUCAACGAGGUUGUGUAUUCAUGCCUGACUCUAUACGACUUCCAGGGCAAAUUCGAGACUCAGUUCAACAUGAGGUCUCUGAACCUCGUGUCUCGUGUCUACUGGCAUUUGAACCACGUUGGAGAGACCAAAAACGAUGCUACUGAUACCGUGGGCCAAAUCAUCAAGACACUGGUUGAUGUUCGUAUCGUCAACACGGCUAAUGAGCCGAGUGCCUCCAAUUCAACGGACCCCUUGGCUCUGCCUGACAAUCUAAAGGAGUUUGAAAUGGACUACAAGCCACUUCACGAUGAAAUCAGCCAUGAGUACACGAGUGAUAUCCGUCUUUCGUCACGCAACUCCUCCCUGGACCACAGUGGCUUAACUGCUAUGAAAUCAGGUGAGCUGGAUGAGCUCUUAGACGUGGACAAGUUUGAAACAUUUGAAGAUUUCUUCAGAGGUAUAGUUGGCAAAUAGUAACUGUGUAUUUACAUGAUUUCUCUCCACUGCCUUCUGUCUAUAUACUUGCUGUAAUAAAGGAUAUGAGUGAUGAUCAACGCAAUUCCAC